AUGGCCGACACCGCGCUGCUCUCAUCCGCCGUCCGUCUGCCCACCCCGCCUCCAGGCGCCUCAUAUUCUCCCGGCCCUUCUGGUGCAAAAAAGAGAUCACCGCCAUCUCGUUCGCCUUCUCCCAGGCGUCGGCGACCUGCGCCUCUUGAGAAUGAACACCAGCACCGAAAUGGACAGGGAGACUCAGCACGGGAAAUUGACGAACGGGAACGCGAGCUGCUUGAGCGAUUCAAGCCCAAAGAAAGUGAUGAUACUAGGCGGAAGCCCAUGACGGCAGAGGAAAAGCAAGCUGCUGCGAAAGCAGAAUAUGAGAAACUUCUGACUAUGCGAUCCGGGGGCACGUACAUUCCACCUGCCAAGUUACGAGCUUUGCAGGCACAAAUCACCGACAAAUCUAGCAAGGAGUAUCAACGAAUGGCCUGGGAGGCUUUGAAAAAAUCCAUCAACGGUCUCAUCAACAAAGUCAACGUCUCGAACAUCAAGCACAUCGUACCGGAGCUCUUUGGGGAAAACUUAGUCCGUGGUCGAGGGUUAUUUUGCAGAAGUAUCAUGAAGGCACAGGCUGCAUCAUUGCCCUUCACUCCCAUCUAUGCCGGCAUGGUUGCUGUUGUCAACACAAAGUUACCACAGGUGGGAGAACUGCUCCUCAAUCGCCUCGUUGUCCAGUUCCGCAAGGCCUUCAAACGGAACGACAAAGCCGUGUGCCUCUCUUCCACCACUUUUAUUGCGCAUCUCUGCAACCAGCAGGUCGCUCAUGAAACCGUGGUGGCGCAGAUCCUCUUACUACUCCUUCACAAGCCGACCGACGACUCGGUCGAAAUUGCGGUUGGCUUGACCAGAGAGGUCGGACAACAUCUCGAAGAAAUGAGUCCACCCAUCGCAUUGGCCGUUUUCGACCAAUUCCGCAGUAUCCUACACGAAGCCGAUAUCGACAAACGGAUUCAAUACAUGAUUGAAGUGUUGUUCCAAGUCAGGAAAGAUCGUUACAAAGACAACCCUGCAGUGCGGGAGGAAUUGGACCUGGUCGAGGAGGAAGACCAGAUCACGCAUCAGGUUGAUCUUGACGACGAGAUUGAAGUUCAAGAUUCAUUGAACAUCUUUAAGUACGACCCUGAUUGGGAGGAACAUGAAGAAGCAUAUCGGAAGCUUAAAGCUGAGAUCCUUGGAGAGGAUAGCGACGCCGAUGAGGACGACGAGAGUGGUGAUGAGGAGACUUCAGACGACGAGGAUGUCGAGCAAGAACGUGCGAUGGAAAUCAAGGACCAGACCAACACAGACUUGGUUAACCUGCGCCGAACCAUCUAUUUGACCAUCAUGUCGAGUCUCGAUUUUGAGGAGGCCGCGCACAAACUGAUGAAAGUCCAACUGCCUACCGGCCAGGAACCCGAACUGCCCUCCAUGAUCGUCGAAUGCUGCUCGCAAGAGAAGACUUAUUCCAAAUUCUUUGGUCUCCUCGGCGAGCGAUUUGCGAAACUUAAUCGGCUAUGGACAGACUUGUUUGAGCAAGCAUUUGCCAAAUACUAUGACACAAUCCACCGCUACGAGACGAACCGCUUGCGAAAUAUUGCGCGCUUCUUCUCGCACCUCUUGAGCACCGAUGCCAUUGGCUGGCACGUCUUGUCUGUGGUGCAUCUUAAUGAAGACGAGACUACUUCGAGCAGCCGUAUCUUCAUUAAGAUUCUCUUCCAGGACCUGGCCGAGGCAUUGGGUAUGCCCAAGCUUCAAGAAAGAAUGAAGGACGAUAUCCUCCGACCCAGUUUUGCCGGCAUCUUUCCUACAGAUAUUCCUCGAAACACCCGCUUCUCGAUCAAUUACUUUACCAGCAUUGGCAUGGGCGCUCUCACCGAAGAGAUGCGCGAACACCUCAAGAACCUCCCCAGACCCGAGCCACCAGCGCUUCCUGCACCCAAGGAUGAUCGUUCUGGCUCUGAGAGCGCGUCGGGGAAGAAGCUCCAGCGACUCACGAUCGCGCUCGCGAUCACCGCCUCGACGUGGUGCGACAAGAAGAGACCGAAGUUCAAGUGUUUCAGUCUCUCGAUCUCGAUCUCGAUCUCCGCCUCGUCGAACCCGCAAAAGGGCGCCGUCUUACUCGGUCUCCCCGAGUCCUCCCCCAAGGCGCCAUGGCGGGCCACCUCGUGGACGAGCACGCACACGUUCGCAGUCAUACAGCCAUUCGGACGAGCCACGCUCUCCUUCGAAGCGCCUCCCUGCCCGGCGCAAAGACUCGUCCACCUCUCGUUCACGCUCCCCUCCAGCACGCCGAAACAUCCCGCCUCCAUCUCGGCGUCGCAAUGUCUCUCCAUCAACAUCGAGAUCGCCCUCGCCCCGCCGCAUCGGCCGCAGAGCUCCCCAAGCCCGCGAUCUCAGCCGCUCUCCAUCGCAAUCGGCAUCCCCUCCACCUCGUCGCAGCAACGCUAG